UGUGUGAGAAGAUAGGGUACAGCGACCUACGUGACAUAGGUUUGUGUAUACGGUUCUACCCACAAUCCCUCAGUCACAAUGCUGCCAUGGCAACCUGUACUGGAGACUAUAACGGACAUUUACUGGUGAUAGACAGCCUAUCGAAGCUCAGGCGGAUCCAGCAAUACCUCAUUAUGAUUUCGAUGAUGGAUGGCUAUCAUGUGACUGUCAUCGACGGUACUGAUGACGUGAAGGAAGGGGAUUGGCGAUAUCAUGACAAUCGCUCGCUCACUUUCAGCGAGUGGGGAGGGCUGGAGCCUGUGACGGGAUAUGCAGAUAAUGAAGAUUGCCUGGCACUUGACCCAGGAUAUGACUUCAAAAUGAAUGAUGUUCUGUGUGACGAUCCUCAUCCUUUUAUUUGUGAAAAUACAUUAUACUGAAAUCAAACACAUAGUCAUGUGUUAAAUGCUGGACUGAUGAAGAUAAAGUUUUUUGGUGAACAUUGAUACUACAAAUAAAUAUCCAGGUGCCUUUUUGGACUGAAAAAUUCUUUUUUGUUUUUGUAUGUUGACAUCAUAGUGUAUUUUUUAUUUCUGUUUUUAUACUCUGGCUCUUUUGGCCCCAAAGGAAUCAU